AUGCAUUUUGAAUUCCCCGAUGAAGACAUCAUGUUGAUUAGGGAUUGCAACAUCCCUGGUCCCAAGGAAGGACCUGAGCCUGGAUCGCGAUGGACAUUGGUUUUUGAUGGAGCUUCUAAUACUCAUGGAAGUGGCAUUGGGAAAAUAAUCACUUCUCCAACUAAUUUCCACCUCCCAUUCACCACAAGGUUGUGUUUUGAAUGUACAAACAACAUAGCCGAGUACGAGGCUUGUAUCUUUAGUAUUGAAGCUGCUAUCGAUCUUAGGAUCAAAAUCCUAGAAGUAUAUGGAGAUUUAGCCUUGGUAAUCAUCCAAGUCAAUGGAUAUUGGGAUACUAGAGAUCAUAAGCUCAUUCCUUACAAAAAGCAUGUCUUGAAACUUGUCCCCUACUUUGAUGAGAUUACAUUCCACCACAUCCCUCGAGAAGAGAAUCAGUUAGCUGGCGCCUUGGCAACUUUGGCGUCCAUGUUUAAGGUUAAGUGGAAGAACGAAGCGCCAUUCUUUCACCUCAACUACUUAGACGAGCCUGCUUACUGCCUGGCAGCAGAAGAUGAAGCGGAAGGCCAACCUUGGUUCUAUGACAUCAUGAAAUUCUUAGAGAACCAAGAGUAUAUUAUGGACGUAUCCAUCACCGACAAUAAGUAUCUUCGGAAAAUAUCAUCCAAAUUCUUCUUAAGUGGAUGGGUGUUAUACAAGAGAAACUAUGAUUCGGUUCUUCUUAGAUGUAUGGGCAAGCAAGAAGAAAGCCGAAUUAUAAUGGAAAUUCAUGAAGCAUCCUUUGGGACGCAUGUCAGUCGGAACACUAUGGCAAACAAAAUCUUAAGGGUCGGCUACUAUUGGAUGACUAUGGAGGUUGACUGCCAUCGCCACGUCCAAACAUGUCAUAAGUUCCAGAUCUACACCGACAAGAUCUAUGUGUCGCCAACGCCGCUCAAUGUCCUAACAUCACCUUGGCCUUUCACCAUGUGGGUAAUUGACGUGAUCGAACACAUAUAA